UUUUCGAAUAAAGAAAAUGUAAAUAUCCGAAAAUAGUUCCUGAUUAAAUUCGAAAAUGGCACAACCAAAUAAAGUUGUAACGGACAUUUUUGCUCCAUUCCAAGAUUACAUUAACGCGGAACAAGAUAUUCGAGAGGAAAUUAGAAACAUAUUAAAGUGUAUUGAGAAAUUUCUCAGAGAAAUACACACAUCAUUACAAAUAAUUCACUGUGAAAUGAAUUGUGCACAAGUACAUACAUCUUGUCUGAAAGCACGACAACUUUUUGAAGAAGUUACUAGAGAGUUUGAUAAUCUAGAUAAAAUCAUCCCAAGUGGGCAAUAUUAUAGAUAUAAUGACCAUUGGAGAUAUGCCACCCAAAGACUCUGUUUUUUGGCUGCCCUGGUUGUGUUUUUAGAGCAAGGGAUUCUAAUUGACAAAGUUACUGCAGCAAAGAUUCUUGGAGUUCACGAGAAACAAAACAUUCAUUUAGAUCUGGAGGACUACCUAAUGGGCAUGCUCAACCUGGCAACCGAGCUGUCUAGACUUGCUGUCAAUUCAGUAACAUAUGGCGAUUACAGUAGACCCUUACAAAUAUCCAGGUUUGUUGCUCAGUUAAACGCUGGUUUUCGACUAUUAAAUUUGAAAAAUGAUUCGCUCCGUAAGAGAUUCGAUGCCUUAAAGUAUGAUGUUAAGAAGAUUGAAGAAGUGGUCUACGAUUUAUCUAUAAGAGGCCUUGUACAGACUAGCGAUGCAGAUAGCACCCAAAACGAUAAUCAAUCAGUGGCGCAAUAGUAUACUACAAAUUAGUGAUUCUUACAUUAUAAUUUGCUUGCUAAAGCAAGUCUAGAUUAAAUAUAUUUGUUUAUUCACUGUAUAUGUAGCAUUGCGAAUAUAUUUUAGAACUUA